CACACCACCAACUUUGUUGCAGAUGCGGAUGGAAGAAAGGCUAACUUUUCCAUCAGUCGUGUGAACAGAGAUGAUGGAGGGCUGUAUUCAUGCUCAUACUCCAUGAACAAGUCCAGUUUGGAACACAGUGAAUCUUUGGAGCUACUGAUAACAGAUCCAAGCUUACCUAGACCUGAAAUCUCCAUACACCCCAGCAGAUCAAUUGCCCUUGGAACAGAAGUCAAGAUCCAUUGCAAAACUAGGGACGGACCCAUGAAAUUCUACCUCCAUCUAACUGGGAGAACAACAGGAAGGUGGACCAUGAAGCCUGACUUUGACAUGGCUGAAUUUUGCAUCCAUAAUGUCAGUCAAGAGCACCAAGGGAAAUACAGCUGUAGCUAUGCAUAUUUGAAAAGACCUUUUCUCUUCUCAGCCUUUAGUGACCCAGUGGAGCUUCUGAUAUCCGAUGAUGAAUUAAGCAGUUCUAGGAUUCACAUAGGAGCAAGCAUAGCUGGUCUCUUCUUCCUCUUUCUAUUAUUUGGACUCAUCCUUUGCUACAAAAAAAGGCGUGAUGAUGAACCACAGCCAGUGUUGAAAAACAGGGGUGAGUUCCGAGUGUUAAAGCCUCAAAGGGAAGCCAAGCCUGCCUGCUACUUGACUGAUCAAGAUAUCCCAAUGGAGAAUCUGCCUCCAGAGUCCAGCCCUCAAACCCAAACCAAAAAUGUCAUCUAUGCUGAACUGAAGCACAAAUCAUUGGACAUUCAGGGGGUGGAAGAAUUGGAUGAUGACACUGAGACUUGCACCUAUACUACAGUGAAGCACAGGACUAGAAACCAGGAGUAGAGAUGGAAAAGAAAUGAGCAUUGGUGAAGAUAUUUCUUUUCCUUUCUUCCCCUCUUCCUUUUUUUUUUUAAUUUUUUUUUUUACAAAUUUACCCAAUUUCUGGUAUGUCAAUAGGGAUUUAAACAAUAUUUGCAAACCCUCUGGUCCUUGAUGAGUCAAGUGAUGUCUUCCAUAUGGAAACCCUUUGUCAAAAAUGUCCUUAUAUAA